AUGGUGAAUAUAGUGGAGCUGUUGAACACUUUGAAGGAUUUAACAGAGGAGGAAUUUGAGGAAUUCAAGUGGCACCUGAAGCAUGGAAGUCUGGCAGGCUACCAAACCAUCAAAGAAUCCCAGCUGGAGAAUGCAGAGAGACAAGACAUCGUGGGUCUGAUGGUGAAGACCUACCAACUUCCUGGAGCUGUGGAGGCGACCAAGAAGCUUUUAAAGAUGAUCAACAGGAAUGAUCUGCUGCAGAGUUUAUCAGACAUCAGCUCAAGACCAGAAGAUAAAAUUAAUGAUAAGGAGUCUUCAGAGAACAGAGGACCUUCCCCCUUUCAGCCUCUGACUGACAACAGUCAGAGUGAAGAUACAUCUCGUGCCACCAAACGGAAGGUCCUGAAGUUCUGUCAGGUGCCUCUGAUGGUUCUGGUGGUUCUGGUGGUUCUGGCGGUUCUGACCUUCAUCUUAUUGUUGGCAUUGACAGACGGGACUGGGGGAAGCGGUGUUGCUCUGCCGGAGCUGAAGAGGGUCCAGCAGUAUGCAGUGGAUGUGACUCUUGAUCCUGAUACAGCAAAUCCUAAACUCAUCCUGUCUGCUGAUGGGAAACAAGUAAAUUAUGGUGACGUGAAAAAGAAUCUCACAGACAACCCAGAGAGAUUUACACGUUAUGUAAUUGUUUUAGGAAAGCAGAGUUUCUCUUCAGGCAGAUUUUACUUUGAGGUUCAAGUUAAAGAGAAGACUAAAUGGGAUUUAGGAGUGGCCAAAGAGUCGAUCGACAGGAAGGGAGAAAUCACACUGAGUCCUGAGGAUGGUUUCUGGACUAUAGUUUUGAGAAAUGGAAAUGAGUAUAAAGGUUGUAAUAGUCCUCCAGUCCGUCUCUCUCUGAAGUCUCAGCCUCAGAAGGUGGGGGUGUUUGUGGAUUAUGAGGAGGGUCUGGUCUCCUUUUAUGACGUAGAUGCUGCAGCUCUUAUCUACUCCUUUACUGGCUGCUCCUUCACUGAGAAACUCUACCCAUACUUUGGUCCUGGUACUAAUGAUGGUGGUAAAAACUCCGCCCCUCUGAUUAUCUGUCCUGGAGGGAUGGUGAAGAAAGUGGAGCUGUUGAACACUUUGAAGGAUUUAACAGAGGAGGAAUUUGAGGAAUUCAAGUGGCACCUGAAGGAUGAAAGUCUGGCAGGCUACCAAACCAUCAAAGCAUCCCAGCUGGAGAAUGCAGAGAGACAAGACAUCGUGGAUCUGAUGGUGAAGACCUACCAACUUCCUGGAGCUGUGGAGGCGACCAAGAAGCUUUUAAAGACGAUCAACAGGAAUGAUCUGCUGCAGAAAGUUCCCUGUGACAACCGAGAAGACAGGAUGUGUAUGAAGCACAAUAAACCUCUGGAGCUGUUUUGUAAGACUGACCAGAAAUUUGUUUGCAAGCUCUGCUCUGAUUUAGACCACAAGACACAUGAUGUUGUUCCUUUGAAAGAAGAAUAUAAAAGACAGAAGACAAAGCUGAGGAAGACACAGGUUGAAAUUCAGGAGAUUAUUGAUGAGAAACAACUGAAGAUUGAAGAGAUCAAACACUCAGUUGACCUCAGUAAGGAAGCUGCAGACAGAGAAAAAGCAGAAGGUGUUCAGGUCUUCACCGCUCUGAAGGAGUCUGUUGAGAGAAGCCUGAAUGAGCUCAUUGAGACGAUUGAAGAGAAGCAAAGAACAACAGAGAAACAGGCUGAAGACUUCAUCAAAGAGCUGAAACAGGAAAUCUCUGAGCUGAAGAAGAGAAGCUCUGAGGUGGAGAAGCUCUCACACUCUGAAGACCACCUCCAAUUCCUCCGAAACGUCCUGUCCCUGAAAGCUCCUCCACCCACCAAAGACUGGAAAGAGGUCAGCGUCCGUCCAUCAUCAUAUAAAGAGACGGCGGUGAGAGCUGUGUCUCAGCUGGAGGAGACGCUCAGUAAACAGAUGAAGAAGCUGCUCGCUGAGCUCGAGCUGAAGAGGGUCCAGCAGUAUGCAGUGGAUGUGACUCUUGAUCCUGAUACAGCACAUCCUAAACUCAUCCUAUCUGAUGAUGGGAAACAAGUACAUCAUGGCGACGUGAAGAAGAAUCUCCCAGACAACCCAGAGAGAUUUUCAGAUUUUUUUAGUCUUUUAGGAAAGCAGUUUUUGUCUUCAGGCAGAUUUUACUUUGAGGUUCAGGUUAAAGAGAAGACUGACUGGGAUUUAGGAGUGGCCAGAGAGUCGAUCAACAGGAAAGGAGACACCACAGCGAGACCUCAGGAUGGUUUCUGGACUAUAUGGUUGAGAAAUGGACAUGAGUACAAAGCUCUUGAUGACCCUCCAGUCUAUCUCUCCCUAGAGUCCCAGCCUCAGAAGGUGGGGGUGUUUGUGGAUUAUGAGGAGGGUCUGGUGUCCUUUUAUGACGUAGAUGCUGCAGCUCUUAUCUACUCCUUUUCUGGCUGCUCCUUCACUGAGAAACUCUACCCAUACUUUGGUCCUGGUCCUAAUUAUGGUGGUACAAACUCCGCCCCUCUGAUCAUCUUUCCUGUCAAUCAAACUGGCUGAUUUAUUUAUUUUUGAUCAGUAUGUACAGUAUUUCAUUAUUAAAUCUAUCUAUUUAGUGUCCACAUUGUAAAUAAACACCAGACAAAGUAUUGA